AUGUCGUCGGACAACAAAUCAGCCCCAAUCUCCGCCGCAACGCGCCUACGUCGCCGCCUUGAGGAAACAGACGACUUGAUUCUCCUCCCGGGAGUCUAUGAUGGCUUCAGCGCACGGAUAGCGCUGGAGGUCGGCUUCGAUGGCUUGUACAUGACGGGUGCGGGUACGUCCGCCUCAAGGCUUGGUCUUCCCGAUCUCGGCUACGCGACCCUCAACGACAUGCGCUCGCAUGCCGAGAUGCUGGUCAACCUGGACACUUCGGUGCCCCUCGUCGCUGAUGCGGAUGCGGGCUACGGAGGCCCGAACCAGGUCGCUCGCACAGUCACGCAGUACGCGCAGUCCGGCGUUGCAGGGCUCCACAUCGAGGAUCAAGUGCAAACCAAACGAUGCGGUCAUCUUACGGGUAAGGAAGUUGUCGACGUCGACGUGUUUGCUUCGCGUAUCAAAGCUGCGAAGCUGGCACGCGAGAGAAUUGGCUCCGACAUUGUCGUAAUCGCGCGGACGGACGCGUUACAGACACAUGGAUUCGACGAGGCGAUGGCGAGACUGAAGGCUGCGGUCGCUGCUGGUGCCGAUGUUGCGUUCCUUGAGGGCGUGAGGAGCGAAGAGCAGGCGAGGGAAGCGUGUAAGGCGCUGUCGCCGACGCCCGUAUUGUUGAACAUGGUUGAGCACGCUUCCACGCCUUCGUGGACUGCAGCACAGGCCAAGGAUAUUGGGUACAGAAUGAUGAUUGUGCCGUUCGCGGCAAUCGCCCCGGCGUAUGAGGCCAUUCGAGACUCUUUGGUCAGGUUGAAGGAGACGGGCGAGGUUGGGACGAAGCCUGACUUUACACCCCGGAAACUGUUUUCCAUUGUUGGGUUAACGGAGGCGAUGGAUUUUGAUGCUGCCGCUGGAGGUAAAGCGUACAGCCAAGUUAAGGACGCGACCGACUAG